UUGCUAUCCGGGAAUGCACUUCAAUUCCACUCGCUCCGAGUGCGGCUCCCUGGAAUUGGUCUUUAUCAUGUUGCAGUACAUGAAAUGUUAAGAUACUCCAGUUUAGGAGUUGAUGUCACUCUAUGGAAAAACUUGUCUGACCAGGAAGUUGGCGUUUCCUGUUUCUUCACCGCUGUAAAGUAGCUGCCGCCAGAUAGGCCCACAUCAGUUAUAUAUAUAUAUAUAUAAUCUACUGUUAGCAUAUCCGUUUAGCAUAGGUGCACAGCACUUGCAAAGCACUUGCUCUGUAAACGGUAAAACUUAUGUGCCGGGCCAACGAGGUAUCAAAGGACCACAAUGCCGGCACUACAGAUCUGUUCGGUACUGCUCUUUUUUUGCGAUUUGAAUUGUUUUGCAGAUGAUGUUAAAUUAAAACAUAAAUCGGUCGUCAAACCAGUUCGAUUAUUCACUGAGGAAGAGUUAGAAAAGUACAAUGGACAGGAGGAGGGGCAGCCUAUUUACAUGGCAGUGAAAGGAGUGGUGUUUGAUGUCACAAAAGGGAAAGAGUUCUAUGGAAAGAAUGCCCCGUAUAAUGUCCUCGUGGGGAAAGACAGUACAAGGGCUGUGGCUAAAAUGUCCCUGGAUCCAGAAGACCUGACACAUGAUACUAUGGGACUAACUGAUGCAGAGCUGCAGUCACUUGAGAGUGUGUUCAGUGGAACAUACAAAGCCAAGUACCCAAUCGUGGGCUACACAUCAAGACACAUGCUUAAUGAGGAUGGGAGGCCCAAAAAGGACUUUCAGCCUGAGGACCAGCCUAAUUUCAGCACCAGGGAUGAAUUCUGAGAGUUUCUUUUACUUGUAGGGAAAAAAAGUAUGAUUGUAUUCAUUUAUUAUAGUCACUUUUGGACCUGAUGGCAUUAGAAUGUGCUUUAAUCCCCAGCUGAGUGACCACAGUUUCUGACUGUAAUUUGGUUCUUCACUGUUUACAGACAGCUGUAGAGUCAUCCUGUCUGUAGGCACUUGCAUGCCUGAGAGUGAAAUGAUUCUGCUUUUCAAACCAGUUUCAAUGUUAAUCACUCAUCUAAAGCUCUUAUUUGUGACACUACUGCAAGGUCACCCCUGAUUGCAUGUCAGUCAGAAAUCCACUGCAUAUCUCAGAUUCCUCUAGAUCCACUCUCACAGUACCUUAUGAUCUUGUUAGUUACUUCUCAAUAAAAAAAAAAUUGACAGUAUCCGUUUUCCUACACUUAUUUUUGCGAAAAUGGUCUUGGAGUGGUAAUUUGAAUACUGUAAUGGCUUAUGCUACUGUGUUGAGGUUUGACACUGUUGUAAUUACUUUGUAUUUGCUCUCAUUCUGCAUUUGUAAAACACCUGCGUUUUGGCUGUGAGAUGCUACCCGCAAGGUGGAUGCCAUAAAAGUUGGGAGAACACAAGACCACUCAACACCCCUGUCAUCUGUAAGGACUUGUAAACACAAACCUUUUUCAUGUUUUCUGCUUGUGAGUGUGGAUAGAAUAAUGUGAAGAAGUGUUUUAUGUUGCAAAAAAUAAAUAUUUCCAGAGGCACCAUUUAUCAAUGUGUGUAGAACUGCUGCUGAAUUUAUUGUCAGCACAUUGCAUUCCAUAACAUUUACAUUAUUGUAAUCUUAUCCAGAGCAACUUACAUAGAGGCACAAAAUCUGGACCAUGUAUAUGUGUGUAACAUUUUUAUAUAUCAGUCAGUCAGCACCUUGUGUUGUGAAAGGGCACUCCUGUUCAACUUAGUCUAUUAAAGUAGGUCUAUUUUCAUUUAACCAAGUAGCUGCAUUAGCUUUUUACAAUUUUAGCAACUUACUUUCAGCAACUCACA